AUGUGCUACAGCUUCUCGCCACCACAACCCCAGGAGCUGCUUAGCCAACAAUCUAUCCUGGUGGGCCACUCGCUGGAGAGCGACCUGAAGGCCCUGCAGCUCUUUCACGAGCGAGUCAUCGACACUGUUCUUCUGUACCCUCAUCCUCGUGGUUGGCCAUGUCGACAGAGCCUCGCAGGACUAUGCAGUGCUGUUUUGAAGAGAAAGCUGCAAAGAGAGGGCGGCCACGAUUCCAUUCAAGAUGCGAAGGUGGCGUUGGAGCUGGCGCUCCUGAAGUUUGCUCGUGGACCCAGCUUCGGUGCAACUGGCGGCGAGUCGGUGCCCCUUGGGCGCUUGCUGAAGGAGACUGGAGUGCAGCUGCUGAUUUCGGAAGCCGACGGUGCAGACAGUUCUCGUGCAAGCAGCUGGUACGAAGAAAGCUGCAGACGGGCUUUGCUGAGCGAGUUGGGUGCGGACUUGAAGCCCGCGGAAGAUGAAGAGGCCGAAAGCCUUUCCCGACGAUCUGUUCACAUUGUGGUUUUGAGGUCAUUCGAACGAUUUUGUGAGACGGCCCAUGCGCUUUCUGGCGGCUCACUGGAGGACGGUCUUCCCGAUUGUUUGGCUCGCAUUGACAGGCAGGCUGCGAGGGCUGCUGAGGGCUUGACUGAGAACGACCUGCUCAUCAUGUUGAAUGGAUGUGGCAACUUCCAGUUUCUGCGAAAGCUAAUGGAUGCCAAAUGCGAGACGGCUACCGCUCCUGCAGACGAGAAGCGGAAAGUUGCUCGAGCCCGAGACCGUUUCAAAGACACGUGGGGUGUCUUCCAGUGCGGCGGCGCCGCUUUGGAGCAGCUUCUCAAAGCUCCGCCCUGCGUGGAAGCUCCUCCAAUCCAGCGAGAGUUGGCACCCAGUCAGCAGAAGGCAAGUUUUUCUGAGGUGCGUGAGUCUGAGUCCCGUCUAGAGACAUGUGAGUCCACGCAGGCUUCAAAGCUGUUGGUGCCAACUGCGACCGUCAAAAAGUGCCUUCCGGUGGAGCUGGGUGCUUUCAUCAGCUCCAUACUGGCUUUUAUGAUGGGAGGAAUCCUGGGGCUGCCGAUGCAGAUGCAGACCUUCCUGAACGGAGGGUUCAUGGAGGUGAUGGUCGACUGCAUCUCUUUCACUCGGUGGAGUGUUUCCAUGAGCUUCCUUGAAUACCUGGCACUCCAUCCUCCAGAUGAAGCGAAGCUGGACACUAUCAACAGUGAAUUGCUCAAGUUGUUCAGAGACCAUGCGUACACCAAGGCAACCUUCAUCCUUGAUAUCCGUGACGGUCAGUGGUGGACCGGAGUUCUAGCCUUGCUUCUACAAGGCGUGUAG